UUGUGCGACAGGCCGCGGUGCGAGCGGGGCCUCUCAGAACCAGAAGCUCGGUCUUGUCUUAUGCUUGGGGCGUACUGAGACGUAGGAGAACCUUACGCCCAAAACCCACAACAGACGACCACGGGCGAACGAGCGUGGACGGGCUGCUGGGUUCACACAACCCAGAAGACUGAAACCCGAGGCGGUGCAUGUGGACGCUGAGUAGCUAGCUGAGCAUCGUUAGCAGGCUAGCCAGCUAUUGUAAUCCGCCGGCCAGACGCACAUUCGUCCAAAGCAAACCGGGCCGGAACCAAAUCACAACCGCCGUGGUACAUCAAGAGGAAGGAGAAAGCGACGGAGGCGGGAGGCUGGUUCUAGGGGUGAGACCAGAGGACCAGACUCGAUGAGUUUCCAGCGAAAUGUCAGAGAAGUCAGGGCAGAGCACCAAGGCAAAGGAUGGCAAAACAAAGUAUGCAACCCUUAGCCUCUUCAACACCUACAAGGGAAAAUCUCUGGAAACCCAGAAAACUGCUGUGGCUGCCAGACAUGGACUCCAGAGUUUGGGUAAAGUGGCUGUCAGUCGGCGCAUGCCCCCACCAGCCAACCUUCCCAGCCUGAAGGCAGAGAACAAGGGAAACGACCCCAACGUCAACAUUGUUCCCAAAGACGGAAGCGGCUGGGCAUCUCGAACUGAAACAGGAGACGAGAGGCAACAAGAAACACCUCCACCCCAGAGCAAACCACCAGUGAUUCAGUCACAAGAGGUUUCGGUUGUAGGAAGCCGUUCCUGGGCAAACAACAAGCAAAUACAACUUGACGGAGCGCAACGUGUGAGCAGCCAUUUUCACCAGGAGUUUCCCAGCUUACAGGCAGCUGGUGAGGGAGAAAAAGACGGUCAAGAGGAGGAGCCUUAUGGACCUGGUCCCAGCCUUCGACCUCAAAAUGUUGGCAGUUGGCGUGAAGGCGGUGGACGAAAUUUGAACACUACAUUCAGCCCCUCAGAGAUGGAGAACAGGGCUCCAGAGGAGGUUGGAACAGGCCCUGGUACCUCCUCUACCCCUGAGGAAGCUGAUGAUCUAGGUCGAAAUACUACCACCGACAGCCAGAGGGAGAAGAGAGAUGGCCGGGAAAGGUUACCCCCCUCUGGCCCUCCACACCCUAAACUCAAUGGUGGCCAGCAGCCUGCUGGUGUGCCCACCCAUUUUGACCCUGCUUUCAGGAGCAUGAUGCCACCCUAUAUGUCGUUUAGUCAGAGCCACGGAAAUGUCCGAUACCCCGCUCAACAAGACUCAACAAAUAGGGGUCCACGAUCGACUAGACCUCAGCAGCCACCCUCUCAGGCGUGGCUUCAAGACCCGGACAGGCCAUCGAUUAUUAGUGCCACUGAAUUGAAAGAGCUGGAUAAUCUUGACACCGAUGCCGAUGAAGGCUGGGCUGGAGCUCAAAUGGAGGUGGACUACACAGAGAAACUGAACUUCAGUGAUGAUGAAGAGAAUCACGCUGCUAAAGACAAAGGAGAAAGCUGGGACUGGAUGAGUAAAGUUGAUCGGUCAAAAUCGCGACCACCAGAAGGCCAGGACACCUGGAAGGAGGGGUCAGAAGACCGUGGCAGCAGUAAAACAUCGUGGGCUGACAAUGUAGAUUCCACCGGUCCUCCUAAAUCAGCUGCUCCUCAGGAUUACCAGAGUGGAAAUCGUUCAGUCAGCAGUGGGGCAUCUCGUGGUGUCAAACCUUCAACUACGCCAACUCCUAGUGGUGAUGAGGACUCUGAUGCAUGGAGACAAAAGCGUAAAAAGCCAGAAGUUUCUGAAGCUGUAGAACGGGCCAGGCGGAGGAGAGAGGAAGAAGAGCGAAAGAUGGAGGAACAGCGGCUUGCUGCCUGUGCUGAGAAACUCAAACGUCUCAAUGAAAAACACAGGCAAACUACUGAGCUGAAAUCUGCCCCAUUGCAGCCCAGUAACGAGCCAACUGUACUAGCCAAAGAAGAGGUGCCCACAUUGGCGCCACCUCCUGCAUCCAGUCCUGUACCGUCAAUUCCAGUUUCCCAAUCACAGCCGCCUCAAGUCCAGCCCUCUGUACCUGAAAGGACAGAUCAGGAGAAGGAGAGGGUGGAGCAAGACCAUGUAUUAGUUGACCCAGGAGACGGAGAGAGUCAUGAUUGUCAGCCUAGCUCUCCGGUCCAGAGAAGCCAGACUCUAGCGCCAGAGUCUCUUGGUAAAGGAGAGUCAGUUUUGUCUGAAGUUGGUCCCCUGGUAGAGGAGAGUCAAAAUGAAAGGACAACAGUGCCUAUCCGAGACUAUUUCAACAUUGAUGACAGCAGAGGGGAUGACCCUCACCUGUCAUUACCUCACUUGGACUCUCCCAUAAGUGAAGAUGUUCCUGUUACACAGCCACAAUUGGAGGGAGAGGCAGCCAUGGCCAUGCGGCCAUCUCUGUCCUCUGGUUAUUCCAAACAGUUUCAGAAGUCCCUGCCCCCUCGCUUCCUCAGGCAACAGGAGCAGAUGAAACAGCAACAAUGGCAGCAACAACAACAGCAGCAGCAACAACAUAGUGGGGGUAAUGUGUCACCAUCUGGUGCAGGUGGAGUCCCACCAACUCAGCAACAGCAACAUCGCUCCAUGUAUCAGCCCAUGGCGCCUCACCAUCAACACCUGGCCUCAAUGGGAUUUGAUCCACGUUGGCUCAUGAUGCAAUCUUACAUGGACCCACGCAUGAUGUCUGGACGCCCUCCAAUGGAUAUGCCAGCUAAUAUUCAUCCGGGGAGGAUGCCUCCAAAACAAAUUGCACGGAGAGAUCAAGGUGACCACUCCAGUUCAAGCUCAGAUUCUUUCGACCAUUUAACCAGACCAAUUCGUGAUCAUGGAUUACCAGAUUCACGGAUGGUGUGGGGGUCUGACCCAUACCAACAAGCAGAAGCACUACCAUCUGCAACUCCUAAAAUACGAGAUGAUAUCAAGGAACCAAGAAUGGACUCUGGUUUGGAUCUUGACAGGGGUCUGCCUGGAAUGUACCCUCAAGACCACAAUACAUUGGACUCUCGAAAAAGCAACUUCUUUCGGGACACCUCUGAUUCUAUGUCUGCAUUUUCCCAAGGACCAGAUGAUGGACCAUUAGACCGUGUCCAGGUUGGUCCAGGAUUUGAUCCUGAGGAGCCUGGCCUACCAAGUGGUGAGGAAGUGGAAGCUCUAGGCCAAGCUAUGCUCAAAAGGAGUGUCUCCCAGGGCUCAAGUAACUCCCUGAAACUUGAAGAGCCUAGGUUUGAUGGUUUGACACUAGUAACGAAAUCAAUGGAGCUACAGGACAGUGGGGGCCGACUGGAGGACAAACCUCAAAAUGAAAUGUACUCACAGGCUCCAAUAACAAAUAACAGAGCUACACCUCCCGCUGAUGGACUCCACAAACAAGAAAAGCUCCCUCUGCCUGUCUCAGGCAAACAGAAACCGGAGCUGCGAUGGGGUGGAAGAAGCGGGCCAGGUCGUAGAGACGGACCUGGUGGAGAAAGGCCUCUCCGCAGGUCGGGACCUAUUAAGAAGCCAGUUUUACGAGACAUGAAAGAAGAGAGGGAGCAAAGAGAAGAAAGGGAGAAGCGUCAUGAGAGGGGUGAUCGUGGAGAAAGGCCUAAAAAGGAACAGUCGUCCAAAGCUCCAACUGUGGCUGCUGCUUUGUUGGAAAGCUCCAAACCUCAAAGUGAAGUGAAGAAGGAAACUGAGGUUGUGGAGUCCCUGGCUGUUCAUCCAAAAGCAAGGGACCCUCUGCCCUCUUCUGGGCCUCCCACCUCCUCUUCACAGGAGGAUAAAGCUGACAAACCACUCAGUAAUGACAAACUUCCAGAACUUAAACUACCCCCUAGAAAGGACUCUAAUCUUCCUCCUAGAAGCUACAGAAGAGAUGACCGGGACCGAGAGAGGGACAGGGAGAGAGAGUUGGAUAGGGAAAGAGAGUGGCCCAUAGACACAAAUUUCAAAGGCCGUGGUCGGGGAGAGUAUUACUCUAGAGGUCGGAGCUACCGGGGGACAUACAGUGGGCGCGGCAGGGGCAACCGUGGACGAAGCAGAGCAGAAUAUCCGUAUCGAGAACCUCGUUCACGGUCUGAUUUGCCAUCAGGUGUGGCUGCUUUUCGCAAUCGGGAGGAAAGUGAGACUCGCAGUGAGAGUUCAGACUUUGAGGUUAUCCCAAAACGUAGACGCCGGAGAGGUUCUGACACAGAUUCUGAAAGCGAAGGAGGGAGAGAAUCUGCAAGCGACACAGGGCCUUCAGAUCGUGAGCCAAGUACAAAGCCGAACCGUCCACUAAGACGGGACUUCCCAGGGGAGGUUCGGUCAGGCCCACACAAGCCAGGAUUUGGUCCUCCUCACAUGGGGGAAAAGGUUGGUGCUCGAGGUGAAGAAGACAUUAGACCCAAGCCAGGAUUUCUACCAAAAGGAGAGCCAUCUCGAAGGGGCAGAGGAGGAUUGUAUAGCAGACGAGGUGGCCCAAGAGAACGUGGUGGGCCUCGCACAGCCCCUCUUAGACGGCCACCAACGAGAGACUCAUCUUCGCAAUGGCCUUCCAAGCCCAUGGAGACAUUCAGACCCGAAGAUAUGGAGCCUGCAUCAAGAUUUGACAAUCUUCAUCAUGACAGACGUCCACCAAAAUCCGAGGGAAAGAAAUUUGGAGAUAGUGUUUUACAGAGUAGCAGAGAACGGCCUCGUCGAGCCAGGCCUGCACGACCUCCCAGACAGGACAAACCACCUCGUUUUCGACGACUAAAAGAACGUGAAGCUGCAGUCUUAGCUAGUGGAGAUGCUGCUCCUCCAGGCCCGCUACCAUCAGUGCCUGCUUGCGGUGUCUCAAACUCUGCUCAAAUGUCUCCGACUCCAACUCUGUCAAGAGCACCUGGAACACCCAUAACUGUUCCUGCUGAAGCUACUACACCUGCACCAAAUAUGUCCUCUACCAUAGAGACACCCCUUUCUGACACAAGCAGCCCCCCUGUCACGGCAGCAGGCACCAAAUCCCCUGACUUGUCAAACCAGAACUCCUCUGAUCAAGCCAAUGAGGAAUGGGAAACUGCAUCAGAAAGCAGCGACUUUAAUGAAAGAAGGGAGCGAGAGGAAAGGAAAGGAGCAGUUGAGAUCGCGAAAGAAGUGUCUACUACUUCAGCACCCGCACCUCCUCAACGCUCUCUGACACCCAACAAAAGCCCAUCUGAUGGUGUUGUCAGUCCCAAGCGUGAUGGCGCCAUUUCAGCAAAGAGAAGCUUCUCGAACCAGAGGCCUUUAGAACGCCCAAAUCGUCGAGGCAACACAGGAACCAAACCUGGUCGCAGCUAUCCAGGUGCGAAGGGAGAAAGAAGGGGUGGAGCCAAAACAGGUCGUAAAGGACCUGCUAAUCAGCAAAACCAAGACCCAAAUGCAACAGCAGGAGGACCAGCUCAGAGGCAAACUAAGGAUCAGUCAGUUCGUCGCAAAGAGGAGGCCAAACAAGCUGCCAAGAAGCCCAAAGAGAACGCCCUGUCCCAGUUUGACCUCAACAAUUAUGCCAGUGUUGUGAUCAUUGAUGAUCAUCCGGAGGUGACCACCACAGAUGACCUGCAGUCCUGCACCAAUGAUGAUGGUUUUACAGAAGUAGUCUCAAGAAAGCAGCAAAAACGCCUGCAGGAUGAGGAGAAAAGGAAAAAGGAAGAACAGACUCCUCAGAACUGGGGCAAAAAGGGCUCAGGUGACAAGAAUAGAGGCAGUGGAGGCAAGCUGCCACCAAGAUUUGCGAAAAAGCAAUCUUCACAGCAGCAAUCGCAACCGCAAUCACAGCUGCCACCACCACCACCUCCGCAGCAGCAGCAGCAGCAGCAGCAGCAACAACAACAACAGCAGCAGCUGCCACCACCACCGCCACAACAGCAACAUCUGGCGCCCCAGUCUCAGCCCACUGUGGCCUCGACUCCCCUGACUCCACAGCAAGCUCCUGCCGCUGCUCCGCCAAAUGGUCAGAAUCCCCCGAGCCAAGCUGCAGCACCUCCCCAACCACUGGAAAGUGCAGCUGCAACACCUGCAACUCUGGCCUCAAUUGCUCCUUCAACUGUAGACUUCCCCUCCAAGAACAUGCCCGCAGCACCUGUGCAGCCCCAUAGCACUCUGGGUACCGAACUUUGGGAGAACAAGGUAGCAGGCUCUACAGUCCUUCCCGACGUCAAAAAGCUUGGUCCCAUCAGCCCUCCGCAGCCUCCUUCUGUCAGUGCCUGGAACAAACCGCUAAACGCCUUCACUGGAGCUGUCCCUUCUGAGGGAGCGAAGCCUUCGUCCGAUUCUAGUGUGGAUUUGGCAAUCGACAGUAUUCAGUUUGGAGCACCGUCAUCCGCUGGCAGCACCGACAGUGACGGAGUUCCUGCUUUGUUAGAAACCGACAACAAGUUACCCGCUCCCAAAGAGCAGAGACAGAAGCAGCCUCGUGGUGGCCCAGUCAAAACCCAGAAGCUCCCUGACAUUGAACCCGUGGAAACCAAGGAGUACAAGCCCGGACCCAUUGGCAAGGAGCGUUCUUUGAAAAAUCGCAAGGCUAAAGAUGCACGUGGAGGUGAAGUAGAGGUCAUGGAGGGUGGAGUGCCUGGUGGAGGUGUAGGCAGGGCCGCAGACUCCAGUCCUACCACUAGUGAGGCAACAGUUCCUGAGAUGGGAGGAGAUAUAGAGGGUAUGAUCACAGUACCCUCUGCAGAGUACACCAGUAACUCUAAGGAGUCAGUAACGGACUACACCACCCCAUCUGCUUCGCUGGCUGACAGUGUUCCCACAGGAGGAAGUAAAAUGGAAGAUAGUCUGGUGGCCAAUGUGGCACUCCCUCAUUCAUUGCCUCUUCCUCGACGAGAGACCCUGCAACAGACAACCAGUCUCAGCACAGUUUCGCCUGCUACAGUCGAUCUUACCUUGAAGAUGGAAUCUGCCAGAAAGGCAUGGGAGAACUCGCCCAGCUUGGAAAAGAACUCGCCAGUUACAUCGUCUUCCUCUCCCAUCACCUCCUGUGCAUCUUCUUAUUCGUUUUCAUCAGCCUCCAUGCCCCAGAUCCCGGUAGCGUCGGUCACACCCAGCACCUCUCUGUCAGGGUCGGGUACCUACACCACAUCAUCUCUCAGCACCAAGACCUCCACUGCCUCAGACCCUCCUAACAUCUGUAAGGUGAAGCCUCAGCAGCUGCAGAGUGGAGGACUCUCCUCCUCCAACAGUAGCGGCAGCAGCAGCAGCUUCUCUCAGUUGGGCUGUGUUCCACCAUUACACCCCCAGCAGCAGCAGCAGACCCCCCAGGUUUAUGUGUCACAAUCUGCAGCAGGUUCUGCAGCUCAGAUUCCAGCCUUCUACAUGGACACCAGCCAUCUUUUCAACACCCCACACCCUCGCUUGGCUCCACCAUCUCUGGCCCAGCAGCAGGGGUUCCAGCCGGGUCUGUCUCAGCCCACAGCAGUGCAACAGAUUCCCAUUCCCAUUUACGCUCCACUGCAAGGCCAGCCUCAACAUCAACAUACUCACCAGGCUCAGCUGGGACUUGGCACUGGUCCACCAGUUUCCCAGACACAGGACUUGUUCAGUUCCUCACUCCAGCCUUACAGGUCUCAGCAGGCGUUCAUGCAGAGCAGCCUGUCACAGCCCUCGAUGAUGCUGUCAGGACCCUCGCUUCACAGCUACCCUGGCGUGCAGGGUCCUGAUCUUGGAAAGCCUCAGUCAAACCUGGCGUACCAGCAGCCCUCAUCGACUCAGCACAUCCCGAUUCUGUUUGAGCCCCAACUCAACCAGCCGUCUGGAAUGGGCGGCUCACAGCUGAUAGACACUCACCUGCUGCAGGCUCGACAGGGGAUGAAUCAGCAUUCAAACAUCUACUCGGGGCAGGUACAACAACAUGGUCAGAGUAGUUACUACAGCAACACCCAGUCGCCCAGUUCUGCACUGCAACAGGUGACGGUGCCACUUCCUGGAUCCCAGCUGUCUUUGGCGAACUUUGGUUCUGGUGGAGGUCAGCCACUCCUGGCGUUGCCUCCCACUCCUCCCCAGGCACAGCCUCCCAACAUGAGCCGACAGCCUCCCGUCUCCCAGCCGUACAGAGGCAUGAUGGGCCCAAACCACAACAUGAUGCAGCCUCCCACCAACAAGAUGGACAUGGAUCUGAAACUCUUUGGCAGUGGGAUGGAUGUGAAGCCUGGAACACCUCCCGUCAGUGCCCGGAGCACUACUCCCACCUCCACUCAGUACAGGGCCAGCUCCACCUCCCCAAGUAGCCAGUCCAGUAAGAUGAACAGCAUGUUGUACCAGAAGCAGUUUCAACCAAGCUCCAACAACAUGAGAAUGACGCAGCACUUUCCUGGACAGUUCAACCCGCAGAUUCUGUCGCAGCCCAACCUCGUCUCCCCUUUAGUUCGACCUCCACAUGCUAAUUCCUUUACUGGAGGAAUGCAGCGCUCUGCAAUGGGCCCUCCAAUGUCAGCCAAUGUGGGUGGUGGUCUGAUGCCUCAUCCCAGACCCCAACACCCACAGCACAGCCAGCAUCCCCCCCGAGGGUCCUCUGGUCCCCCUCUUGCACCGAGAGGAACACAGGCUGCUCUGAAGGCUGAGCAGGAUCUGAAGGCGAAGCAGCGGGCCGAGGUUCUGCAGUCCACCCACAAGUUCUUCGAGCAGCAGCAGCAGCAACAGCAGCUCAAGGCUCAAGUUAGCAAAGCUCCUCGGCUUGAUCAGGGAGUGAAACCCGCCAUCGACACUGUGGCUCCAAACCACCAAACAGGAAGUGAGCGCCCAGAUUCCGACAAACCUCCCAUCUCUGCACCGAAACCCAUACGAACCGGCCCCAUCAAGCCACAGGCCAUCAAAACUGAAGAGAGCAAGUAGAAGAACAGUCCAGUUGUGACGUCAUCUGAGCUAUUGAGGGUGGGGGGGCAGUGUACAGGAGGUAAACAGGACACUGCUGAUCCAGGUCAUGUCAGGUUAAAAACAAAUCCCCCUCCCUAAGCUAGUUCCUCUGACAGUUGGGCUUGAGACGAAUUCCUUCACGUCCAGAUGUUGGCGAAUCAUCUACAUGUUCUGUAGAAAUCUACUGUGACUGAAGAGAAGAAAGACGAUAGAAAUUUGCUGCUGAGUUUACCAUUUUUAUAUUUCUGAUUGCUGCUCCUUUUAAAUUCCCCCCUAUAGGAAGCUGCACACGAUAGGAGAUUUUGGUUCAUAAGAGAGUCAGUCUUGUUUUGUUCCAACAGUCAUGCUGAGAGAAGUUAAGUACAAAACUUUAUCCAGCCCAACAGAACAAACGCCGCUCAUCUCUGACACAUUCAAGUUACUCACGCAACAUUAGAAUUUUUUUUUUUUCCUUUUUAAAGAAGAAUGGCUGUCAACACCACAGCAGUUGACAGAAUGUUAGGUUGUCAUCAAUAAGUCUACCUGUGAGCGUCUGCUCCUGCCUUCUGCUCUCAUCUUCUUGCCUGUGAGUGUUGGAGUGUGUGUCUGUGUGUGUGUGUGUGCGCGCGCGAGUCAGGUGUUUUUUGCAAUGGGAGGAGAACUUUUUGUAGUUUGACACUCGUUCUUGUGUGUGUGUUUUAGCCAAAGGUUAAAUCAGCGCAACAUCGAUGUUGCUGACGUUUAGAUGAGUGUUUUUGCGACUCUGAAAAACACAUGUAAAUGAUCACUACUUGGAGGCUACGUUAUCACACACUCUUUCACCGCUUUCACGCUCAAUCUUUCGCCUCACACACAUACAAACACCUACACACUUCACUGUACAGCACCUGCUGCUACUCACUGAUCCAGUGCCCUUAGCUCAAGUAACAGGGGUAUGAGGUGAAGUGAAGAGUACAUUGUCAAAUCUAUAGGAAGCGCAUACCUUAGAAAUGGGCAGGAGCGAGGAAGAGAAGAACGUUGGUGGUGGAGGAAAAAAAAAAAAAGUCCAUCGCGAUUUUGCUAAAGGACACUUAUUGUUUCUGGUCUUUUCACCGCCUCCACUGGCUGUCCGGCCAACGCUGCGCUCAUCUGAGGGAUCCGGGGUCCUCGAGAGAUGUACAGUAGUCUGCCCCCUCUGGAGGUAGUGGUAGGGGAGUCCUUCUCACUGCUGCCCCAGCCAGAGAAGAGUCCUUGCUUUGGAGGAUGGAUGAUUUCUUUGUUUUGUUUUUGUUCUUGUACAGGGGUUUCAUCGCUGUAUUAAAAUAUGUAAGGUCUUAUUUACAUUCUCUUGGUUUGGUUACAGAAACUAAUAAAUAAUAUACUGUUAAUAUGUCAUGC